CCUCCAAGAUGGCGACGUCCAUCCAGAACCGCUGUAGGCACAUUCUGUGUUGGCAAAAUACCCGCAGUAACUAAUAAAAACAAAGUAAGACAUAUGCGGCAAUACAGUUAAUAACAUCGUUUUCGCCGUUGGAUAUCGGCACAUGUCGGUUGACGGCGUGGGGUUCGCUUUCAUGGCUGUUUGAGAGUGAAAUUGGGCGUCCUCUCGCCAUGGCCACCGACAACAGGAUUCAUUUCUGGAGGAGAAACCCAAAGGUUCCCGGGAGCUUACAGCCAGUAUAUGGAGCACAGCACCCUCCUCUGGACCCACGCAGACACCGUCCAUUAAAAGAUGCUCCAAAGGCCAGCAGUGUGUGUACCAAAUCCAAAAAACCUUCCACUUUCCACGAAUUUGCUCGGAGCACCAAUGAUGCAUGGGACAUUGAUGAUGAAGAGGAUGACGGUAUGUUUAGUCUUAAACAGCUCUCAUCUUCACCUGUCCAAUCACGAUCCAUGCCUCAAACACCCUGCCUCAAAAUCAUCAAAACCCCAGAAGACACAGAGCCACUGCCCCCUACACUGGACCGGCAGGAACCAAUCAGCACAAACCCCAAUCAAGAUCAACUGGAUAUAGAAAGCGGUCCAGCCAAUGGCAGGGUGGUAAAGUCCAGUAGCGACGCCCAGCUGAAUGUUAAUGCAGCUCGCAAUACCCUGCAAAAACAGCAGUCACUUCCUGUGCGGCCCGUCAUUCCGUUGGUUGCCCGCAUUUCGGACCAAAAUGCCUCUGGAGCUCCGCCCAUGACAGUGAGAGAGAAGACUCGAUUGGAUAAAUUCAAGCAGCUACUUGCCAGUCCCAACACAGACUUGGAGGAGUUACGGAAGCAUAGUUGGUCGGGAAUCCCUCGUGAAGUUCGGCCAGUCACCUGGAGACUCUUAUCGGGCUAUCUUCCAGCCAAUAGAGAACGAAGGGAUCUGGUUCUCCAGAGGAAGAGGGAGGAGUAUUUUGGCUUCAUCGAACAGUAUUACCACUCCAGAACAGAUGAGAAUCACAGAGACACAUACAGACAGAGGUAUUGUCUUGUUUUUCAGGUGUUCGAGCGGAUUCUGUUCAUCUGGGCCAUCCGUCACCCCGCUAGUGGAUACGUGCAGGGCAUUAAUGAUCUGGUCACUCCCUUUUUUGUGGUCUUCCUCUCUGAAUUCGUGGAGGAAGACGUGGAAAAUUUCGAAAUGGCAAGCUUGCCUCUGGAUACGCAACGAAACAUUGAAGCCGACAGCUUUUGGUGCAUGAGCAAAUUGCUGGAUGGGAUACAGGACAACUACACAUUUGCCCAGCCUGGGAUUCAGAUUAAAGUGAAGGCGCUGGAAGAGCUCGUUAGCAGAAUAGAUGAGGAUGUCCACGUGCACUUUCAGAAGUAUGAGGUGGAGUAUCUGCAGUUUGCUUUCCGCUGGAUGAAUAAUCUGCUGAUGCGGGAGCUGCCGCUGCGCUGUACCAUUCGCCUGUGGGACACCUACCAGGCGGAGUCGGAGGGAUUCUCCCAUUUUCACCUCUACGUGUGCUCUGCCUUCCUCAUCAAAUGGCGCAAAGAGAUCCUAUCCAUGGUGGACUUUCAGAGCCUGCUAAUGCUCCUGCAAAACCUUCCCACAAUACACUGGGGCAACGAAGAGGUGGGUUUGCUACUGGCGGAGGCCUACAGACUCAAAUACAUGUUCGCUGACGCUCCGAGCCACUACAAGAGAUGAGAGAAGAUGAUCCGACCUAAC